AUUCACAGAGAGCCUCCCAGUCAGCUGUACCGUUAAAUGUCCGUCGCUUAUAGCGAGCCAACAGGAACAUAAAUAAAGCUAUUUUGUGGUUUUACAUUAUGGAUUCACAUAAUACGCGAUACAAUGUUCAACUCUAUAUUUAUGAUCUAUCGAGAGGAAUGGCUCGCAGCCUCAGUCCCAUCAUGUUAGGAAAACAACUGGAUGGUAUAUGGCACACAGCCAUAGUGGCAUACGGUGAUGAGUUCUUCUUUGGAGGGGAGGGGAUCUCCAGCUGUUCGCCGGGCGGGACGAUGCUGGGUCCUCCAGACACCGUGGUAGAGCUGGGCGAGACGGAAGUAUCUGAGGAGAUCUUCAUGGAUUACCUCUCAUCCCUGGGAGAAAACACAUACAGAGGUGACAGGUAUCGUCUGUUUGAGCACAACUGCAACACCUUCACCAACGAGGUGGCUCAGUUUAUGACAGGCAGGUCCAUCCCGUCCUACAUCACCGACCUUCCAUCGGAAAUCCUCUCCACACCGUUCGGCCAGAUUCUGCGGCCCAUUCUGGACUCUAUCCACAUCGCCCCUCCAGGAGGUAACGUCAUUAACGGGGGACGAAACGCGUAACCUGAAAGAGCAGCAGAGUCACAGAGUGCUCAUCAGGUCACUUUUAUUGUAGUCAGACAGUCAAACUAAUUGUCCUUCUUUCUUCUUUCUUUCUGUAAAUAAAUUACACUCUAGCAUUGAAGUUAAUGGCUAUUUUAGAAGCUAUAACUGCUAACUGA